AUGCCUGUGUCACUUGGGGCCGAUUUCUCGUAUUCGCCAAGGCCCUUUGUCGUGGCGUCAGCUGUGAGUGCCCCGCUGGUUGUCUCGUCUCCAAUGUCGACUCCUGUGGAAAAGCCGCCCUCGGCUCCCCCUGCCGGACCGGUCCCUCCUCCGAAAUUGGCGGCAACACCCCCGUCCGUUGAGGUGUCCGCGCCUGCGUCGGCCGCGUCGCUACAUACUGCGCCAGCUGGUGCGCAGGGCCUUGCCCCUGUCGCGUCGCCUCCUGCGCCCGCUGUGGCCCCACCUCGUGCGCCUGGGGAGGCGCCGGCUCCUGCGCCUGCUGCGGCGCCGGCUCCCCUGCCUGCCGGACCGCCGACUCUAGCCCCAACGGAUGUGAAAUCUGCUCUGGCUGUGGAGUCUCCCCCUGUGCCUGCUGUGGCGACGGCACCGGCGCUUGCUGCUGCGCCUGCCGCACCCGCUGUUGUGAUGCCUCCCCCGCCUGCUGGGGUUGUGGGGAAUCCGUCUGUGCCUGCGGCGCCGACCUCCUCUGCUCCAGCCACUGAUUCCCCUGCUGCUGUGUGCCCCGCCCUUUCUGCUGUCGGUGUGCCUUCUGUGCCGCCUCCGGCCAACGGAUUGGCGUUCCCUCCGGCGUCUGCCACCACCGCAGACUUGACUCCGGCAGGGGCGGGGGGGGGCGGUGGCAGCGGUGCUGUCUCCGAUAGCAUCUGCGUCCCAGCCUGCUCGCCGUCCGCCGUCGCCUGGACGCCGCCAUUCCCGUCACCCCUCCCCGUCUCGGCCGACAGAGCGGGGGGUCGUGAGCGUGGAGGUGGCGGUGCGUAUGUGCAGCCGUUGACGCUUGCGGACGUGCAACGGGUUGUGUCGGCUGCAAUGCGCGAGGAGAGAGCUGGGCAGGCGAGCCAGAGCAGCUCAUUACAGGUCGCACCCCCCCCUGUAGCUCCCCCUCCGUCUGCUCUGCUUGUGGAUGCCCCGUCGGCAGCUGCACCUCCUCCUCUCGCUCCGGCGGUUCCAGCUGCCGCGCCACCGGCCCGCUCCCUGCCGCAGUGGGCACCUCCGCUUCGUCAAGUAGAGGUCCCGGAGGCGACCUUGGGGCAGCUGUGGCGCCUUUCGGAGAGCCUGCGUGCCAUUCACCUGAUCCAGGUAUAUGGCCACCUUGCUCUCUCCCGCGGUCGCGGCCCUCUUGACGAGUGCCUUGAAGUCGCCGAUCAACUCGCGGAGAUCCUGGCGCCCGUGUUGGCUGCGCCCGCGAGGGGAGGAGUUGCGGGUGUAGGACAGCUUGGUGCGGCCGUCCGUGGAUUGCGCCGGUCCUUGCGCGCAGGGACUGGAGGCGAUCUGAUCGCCGCAAGCACGGAGGUGGUGUUGGAGUUGCAGCGGACGCAGGCGGGGCUCCUCGCUGUUCUUGAGGCUGAUCGGAUGUAG